UAUGUUUGUGUUUUUAUACCUGCUAAUACAGAACUUCUGAAAUCUAAAAAAAAAACAGACACUACAUACUGUACACUACAUGGUCAGAUACAGAAGAUAACUGGUGAUUGAGUAAGACAACAAAUAAAAUUUAUAGCAACAUUUCAUCACUAAAAUAUGACACUUGAUCCACACUGGUUCAUCAUCAACUCCUUUAGUCUAAUGGUGUCAUGACCGGUCAUCAUAGGAAGUUGGAAACCACAGUUGAAGUCAGAAAUAUUGCAAGGAAAAUCUGUAAGUAAUCAUUAUUAAAAGAGAACCACUAACAGAAGCAGAAAAUGGCUGUUAAGAGUCAUAUAAGUCUGCUGGGACUCAUCAUUUUCUGUUCAUCUCUCACAGGUACAACUGCAGAGACUCAUGUGUUCAGUAGUUCUGGUGAAAAUGUCACUCUGUCCUGUAUUAAUGCUCUUUCUGACUGCACCUCAACUACAUGGAUCUACAACAAACCUAGUUCAUCAGCUGCAGUAGAACUGAUUGCUGAAGGAAUAAAGAAGAAUGACAUAGAGAGAGCUGAGAGACUGAGUCUGGGGUCUGACUGCUCUCUGAACAUCUAUAAAACAACAGAAGAAGAUCGUGGACAAUACACCUGCCUACAAUUUGUGAAUGGACAAAUACAUAGAACUGAUGCACAGGCUUUUCUACAUGUUCUUCAUGGUCAGUGUUGUUGUUUUUUUUUGUUAGGAUUCAUGUUUAACUGAAAUCUGACAUUUUAACUAAAAAUGUUGUCUGUUGUUUCAAUUUUAGUCUCUUCAUCAUCCUCACAGGCUGAGAUAAAACCAGGCAGAUCUUUGACUCUCACCUGUCAGCUGUUGCCAUAUGCAGACUCUUGUAAUACUUUGGUCCAUUCUGAUGGAAUUCAGCUGUUCUGGGUGAAUCAGGCUGAUGUUACUCUACAGACAGACUACAGAUAUCAGAUAUUACGAUCAGGACACUGUUUCAUCGCUCUGAGUACAACACUCCAGAAUAAUGACAACAACACAGAGUGGAGAUGUUUGGUUAAAAAGAAGAAUGAGAUUAAAACCUCAGCCAGCUACACUGUCAAGUUUAGGGGUAAGAAAUCAAAAUAUUAG